AUUCACAUUACUUUAUGAAGAUUACAUUUCCCCACAAUUCGGCUGCAGUUAAAUAAUGCAUGCUUGCCAACUUUAAGUUAAAUAAAUAAAAAAAGAAAGAAGCAAAAGUGUCAGUUAUCGGCUAUUGUCCUCCUCUCUGUGAACAUAACAAUCUGUUUCUUCUGUUAACAGCUUCUAAAGAAGGUACAGUAUAUAUUUGACCUUAUACAGUAUGUAAGUUAAUUCAUGAUUUGGCUGCCACCAUGUUUUUAACAUUGGAUCAUGCAUAGUAUUCCAACGCUAAGCUGUCUUGGAUUUAUUUGCAUUAGGUCAGGCAGGCACACAGUAUUGCCUUUCUGGUGGUACUUUCCCAAACAGGUGCCAAACUCUCACAGAUUUUUAAUAUUCAUGGAUAAAAGGCUCGUCAUUUGGGAGACAAUAAGAAUGCAACACACAAAUAAUUUUGUGUUUAUUUAAACUCUUUAACCUAAAAGCAUUCAUCGACUCUUAACAUAAUAGGAGUGUUAAACCGAGGUGCUGCAGUCUUUCAUACCUAUUCACAUUACUUACAUUUACAAGAUUACAUUUCCACACAAUUCGGCUGCAGUUAAAUAAUGCAUGCUUGCCAACUUUAAGUUAAAUUAAAAAACCUGAGGUCAGUUCAGUUGAAUUUAUUAUACAUUUGUUAAACAAUGUAAAAUAAUUAAAAAUAAAUAAAUGAUAUGGAAAUGUGCCAACUUUAUAUGAUAAGAAACAUUUGGGCACACGGUUCAUUGCUUUUGGAUUAAGAGAUACCAUUUGGGCACGGUGUUUUAUGUGCAAUCAUAUAAUAACAAAAAAAAACACUUAUGCUACAAAGACAAAGUGAUAGGUUCAUUUUAUCCAUAUUAAAUUUAACGUUUUGACCCAUACUGUAGGUCUUCACCACAAAUACAGUGAAUCAGCCUUAUCUAUUUCAACAGUGAUGAGAUACUCACCAGACUUGAAAAUAAUUGCAAUGGUCUAAGUUUGUAACACAAACGCCUGUCAUCACUAUGUAAUUCAUGUUACGGUGCCAGUUAAAGCACUUUUUUAAUAUCAGGAUCAAAUUCAUAGUUUAAAUCAGGAAUGGUCACAAUAGCUCAACCGUCAGCUACAAUUGAUAUUAAUUUCACUUAUGAUGAUAUUUUUUGUUCUUUUGACUCUUUAGCCAUCUCAACCAAAGAAGCUGGAGAUGGUGUCAAAAUCACCUGUACAAACUCAGAAAUAUGGCACAAAGAUGAUGCAUUUUAUAGAAAUGCAUCGGAACUAGAACUUCAGUACUCCGAUGACAAUUCAGGGGAAUAUUCAUGCGUCAAAGGAGAAAUCAAACACAACAUCCUGGUGAAAUUUCGAACCUGUGACAAUUGUAUUGCCUUGGAUACUGGAACCGUGGUGGGGAUCAUCGUGGGAGAGGUUGUGGCCACACUGUUGAUCGGAUGGGCUGUCUACCUCCUUGCUUCACAGCCCCAGGGAAAGGUCUUCAAUCAGGCUAACAAAGCAUCGGACCGACAGAACCUCAUUCAGAACCAGCAGAAUGACUCCACGUACCAGCAACUCUCUCACGGCAACUCCUCGGAGUACAGUCACCUGGAGCCGCGCCGCGGGAGGAAGCACUGACCACGCCCGCUCUCGCCCGCCCGCCGGGCUGGAACAACCCCUGCGCUCUGCUCACGGAGGCUGACCCCUCACCUGGCAACCACCGCCACCGCCACCGCAGCUCUGGGCCCUGAGCUUUGCAGUCUGAGCGCCAGGCGCCGUGUCACCUUCCCCCAUCAGCAGCCCGCCAGGCCGCCUGCGUAUAUAAAUAUACGCCGGAUGUUGAUUUUUAUUUAGUCCUUCGUUUAGUGCCGGUUGCCUAACAGGUCACCUAUACAAAUAUGUGCAGGAUGUUUGUUCUUAAUGUAAGCCUUCAUAGCCGGUAGCCUGAGAGGAGACCUAUACAAAAAUAUACACAAUAAGUUUGCUUUAUGUAACCUGGGUUUUUACUUCAUUCAGAGUUAUUGAUAUUUCCUGUCUUUAUUAGUACUUGCUUUGUGGCAUUGUUUUGUGUGUCCUGCGGCUUUGCUUUGACCAUGACUCCUGAGUAAGGGGAAACAAAUGUUUGAGGGGAGAACUAUUAUUAUUCUCUUUAUACAUAUAUAGGUGUGUGUGUGUGUGUGUGUGUGUGUGUGUGUGUGUGUGUGUGUGUGUGUGUAAGAGAGAGAGAGGAUGUGGGCUGUUGAACCAGUGCCAUGUGGCAUUGAUUGUGUAUUUUUGUUAGAGAUUGUUCUUAGGCUGUGGUCAUUAAAUUGAGCCAUUAUUAUUCUUUAAUAUGACUUCAUAUCUUGCGCUUUUUUGCAGCAUCCUAUUUAUAUACAUGGGAAAUACCUAUUUCAAUAAAAUAUAUGCCUAUCUGAACAA